CUCUAGAAUCCUUGUUUGUUUAUAGGCACCGCGUCAUCUGUCAUACCAUUUCCGUGCGCUCCACGCCGAUUUUUCCUCCGUCGCCAGUCGCCUCUGUUUUACUAUCAUCGUCUUUUUUGUUUUCCAUUUUCUAGUCCUUUUUUGUCGUCCCAUAAAAACCAUUUCGCCAUGGCUGACCAGGAAGUGGAUUUGGACUCGAUCAUUGACCGUCUCUUGGAGGUGAGGGGUAGCCGGCCUGGAAAGCAGGUUCAACUCUUGGAAUCGGAGAUUCGUUUUCUCUGCACUAAGGCGAGAGAAAUCUUCAUCUCUCAACCCAUCCUGCUGGAGUUGGAAGCACCCAUCAAGAUUUGCGGUGAUAUCCACGGCCAAUACUAUGAUCUUCUGCGUCUCUUUGAAUACGGUGGCUUCCCGCCGGAAGCCAACUACCUUUUCCUCGGUGACUACGUCGACCGUGGCAAGCAGUCCCUCGAAACCAUCUGCCUUCUCCUCGCGUACAAGAUCAAGUACCCCGAAAACUUCUUCGUUCUCCGUGGUAACCACGAGUGCGCCUCCAUCAACCGAAUCUACGGUUUCUACGAUGAGUGCAAGCGGAGGUACAACAUCAAGCUCUGGAAGACAUUCACCGAUUGCUUCAACUGCUUGCCCAUUGCCGCCAUUAUCGAUGAGAAGAUCUUCACCAUGCACGGUGGUCUCAGUCCCGACUUGAACUCGAUGGAACAGAUCCGCCGUGUCAUGCGUCCUACUGAUAUUCCUGACUGCGGUCUUCUCUGCGAUCUCCUCUGGUCCGAUCCCGACAAGGAUAUCACUGGUUGGAGCGAAAACGACCGCGGUGUGUCGUUCACCUUCGGUCCCGACGUCGUCUCACGAUUCCUGCAGAAACACGAUAUGGAUUUGAUAUGCCGCGCCCAUCAAGUCGUCGAGGAUGGUUAUGAGUUCUUCUCGAAGCGACAACUCGUAACGCUGUUCAGCGCUCCCAACUACUGUGGAGAAUUUGACAAUGCUGGUGCGAUGAUGAGCGUCGAUGAGAGUUUGCUUUGUUCGUUCCAGAUCUUGAAACCAGCAGAAAAGAAACAAAAGUACGUCCACGGGGGCAUGAGCUUCGGCAGGCCCAUCACUCCUCCGCGAAAGCAAAAGAAGUAAGAAUUCGUACGAGCUUUUCUUUUUUCCAUGUGCAGCAGGUUCGGGCGGCGAUAGAACAUAUCAGCGAUAUCUAUCACACAGCAUCCACCACACGCGAGUCCACACAGUUUAGCGACACGAACGGCGACAUUCGAAAGGGACCCCAUGUAUUAGACGACGUUCGAGAGCAGAGUCCCACGACAGCCACCGGAAGUUUCGUGAACAUAAAAAGAAAAAGAGAAAAGAGGAUACGCCGAGAUUUCCCCCCCUCUCCCUCCCCAUGUGAAAUUCCAGCGACAUUGAACUGUUUUGAGCGGAGUGCUUGUUUUCCCUUUUUCCUCUUAUCAUCUGGAACGGUACUACUAUUAUUCUGCUACUUGAAGGGGUUGGUCUUUUCUUUUCUUUUUCUCAUUU